AUGGCUGAAGAACACCCUAUCCCCCGGAAGCUGUGGGAGCAUCCGGACCCGAAGAGUACGGAGAUGUGGAAAUUCAAAACGAGCUUGGAGAAGGCCAGUGGGAAAACAUUCGAGAACUACGACGCGUUAUACGACUUCUCGUGCAACCACCGGUCCGACUUCUGGCGCCAUGUCAUGCAAUACUUCCCCAUCGUCUAUGGUGGGAAGAUCCCGAACCCGGUAGUCGACGAGUCCGCACGCAUGGACUCGAUCCCACGCUGGUUCCAGGGAGUACAGAUGAACUUCGCCCAAAACAUUUUAUUUUCGGGCGACCAGAACGGAAACGCGGUGAUCGACGCGGCCAAAGCAGACGACAAGAUUGCCUGCACCGAAGUCCGCGAGGGCAGUUUCCUGGAACCCAUCAAGCAAGUGACCUGGAAGGAGCUGCGGCGGCGAGUAGGCCUCUUGUCACAGGCGAUGCGAGCCCGAGGAGUCCGGAAGGGCGAUCGAAUCGCCAUUGUGGCCAGCACCAGCGUGGACACGUUGACUGUGUUCCUGGCAACCACGGCGCUGGGGGGAUUGUUCAGUUCGAGCUCGACCGACAUGGGCGUCAAGGGCAUCCUGGACCGACUGACGCAGAUCAAACCGAAGUACCUGUUCAUGGACGACUGGGCCGUCUAUAACGGCAAGACGAUCGACUUGCGGCCCAAGAUGAAGGAGGUCGUCGCGGGCAUGAGCGGCGUUGCUGAAUUCGAGGGCAUCGUGUCCCAGGUUCGUUUUGCCCAUGCACCUGCUGACGUCUCGUCGGUCCCUCGCGCGCAGACCUGGGCCGAAUUCGUAUCGGCGGCGUCCUCGUCGACUCUGGAAUUCGAGCCCACCGGCUUUUCGGAUCCAUAUCUCAUCGUGUACUCGUCGGGCACCACGGGCCAGCCCAAAUGUAUUGUGCACUCUAUUGGUGGUCCUAUCAUCAACGCCCACAAAGAGGCCAGGCUUCAUCACUCCAUGGACUCUAACUCGAUCCAGCUGCAAUACACCACGACGGGAUGGAUCAUGUACAACAGCAGUGUGCAGUCGUUACUCGUGGGUUGUCGCAUGGUCAUCUACGACGGGAGUCCGUUCACGCCGAACCUGACCAAUUUCGUCAAAUUGCUUGGUCAGGAGAAGGUCACACACUUGGGCAUUAGCCCACGGUACCUGCAAACGCUGCAGUCAAGCAAUAUAAUCCCUAAACAAGUCACGGACCUAAGCCACCUCAAGGUUGUGACCAGUACGGGCAUGGUGCUCUCGGAUCAAUUGUUCGAAUGGUUCUACGACCAUGCAUUCCCGCCUUCCGUGCACUUGGACAAUAUCUCGGGCGGCACGGAUCUCGCGGCCUGUUUUGGCCUAGGCAAUCCCAUUGUUCCAUUAUAUGUUGGAGGAUGCCAGUCUCGCGCCUUGGGUAUCUCUGUCAAAGUGUACGACUCGACCAUCGAGGGUGGGAAGGGAGUCAAAGGCGUUGAAGUCCCCGACGGCGUGCCUGGUGAAUUGGUCGCCGAUAAGGCAUUCCCCACCAUGCCGGUGACGUUCUAUGGCGACAACGGUCCGCAAAGGUACUUUGACAGCUACUUUGCCCGCUUCGACAAUGUCUGGGUCCACGGCGACUUCAUCAUGAUCCACCCGAUCACGAAACAGGUCUUUUUCCUCGGUCGUGCAGAUGGCGUUCUCAACCCCAGUGGUGUUCGAUUUGGGUCGGCCGAGAUUUACAGUAUUAUCGAAUCCAAGUUUGCCGACCGCAUCAGUGAUAGUAUCUGUGUCGGACAAAGACGGCCUCAGGACCCAGACGAGAGGGUGAUUUUGUUCCUGUUGAUGAAACCAGGUCACAGGUUUACGCCGCAGUUGGUGAGGGAGGUCAAGGAUGCGAUCCGAAAAGAAACAAGUCCGAGACAUGUGCCGAAAUUCGUCUUUGAGACGCCAGAGAUUCCGACAACGGUGAACCUUAAGAAGGUCGAGUUGCCGGUGAAACAGAUUGUUUCUGGAAAGGUCAUCAAGCCGUCUGGGACAUUGCUCAACCCACAGAGUCUUGACUAUUACUAUCAGUUCGCAAAGGAUGAGAAUCUGGUGGAUCUGGUAGAGCCAAAGGCGAAACUAUAA